AUGGACCGGUUGGAGUUGCCGCGCCCCCACCCUCAGCGCCAGGUGCUGGCGGCGCUGCUGCUGGCCCUGCUGACCCCGACCCACGCCACCCUGGGCAGUGUCGUCCACCACAAGGAGCACCAGGGCUUGGGCAAGGCCGCCGUCAAGUCCCAGGUGCUCGACUACAUCAACAACCAGGAUUUCGACCCCGAGCUGAUCUACAACCAGCGCCACGAAAUGCACACUACCCGGUUUACCGGCGACUAUAAUCCGGCGCCCGCCGCCGCCCCCGUGGCCAACGGACCUCCCGUGGUUGCCGCUAACGGAUCCAGCAGCCAUGACCACGACGGCUACCCGGAACCGAACGUGCUGCCGCGAUUGCGGGGGUCAUCAGCGCUGCUGGCGAAGCCGCCGGUGGAUGACCGCCAUCUGGUGGCGGAAUCCGACGCUGAUACUACUAUACUGGACUUGGACAACUUCCACUCGGUGGAAGCGCUGGAAACGCUGCUGUUGCGUGACCUGCUGACCGACGACGGCUCGCUGCAAUUCUACGACGAGCUGCUGCUUGAUGACGAUCUGUACGACUACUACGACGACGACGACGACAUGUUGUUGCCUCCCCUGCCACCGCGAUCGCCGCCGCGGGAAUUGGACCCGGAUAAGCUUUAUGGGAUCUAUGAUUUCAGUGGCCCUGAUCCUAGUCAUUUGGCGCUUUCUCGCGAUGAAGCGGUGUUUUUGAUUAAUGACCAAGACAAUUACUGGUGGCUUAUCCGUAAGUUGACCAAAGAUGAACGCAUGGAAAAGAAACGCCGCAUAUUGGAAGAGGCGGAAAAGAAUAACGAGUUCGUGCUGGACUUGGAACUGGUGGAGACUCAAUCUGACGACGGUCGUAUUGGGUUUGUCCCCGCCGAAUGUUUAGAAACUUAUGGCGAACGUCUUGCCCGGCUAAAUUGUUUCAAAAAUGAGGAGAUCGAACGGUACCACAAGAACCCCUUCGACUUUGACUUAUCGCAUCCCGUGCGCCAGUUUGCCAUGCCCCUCGACGACUCGGGGCUGUUUGCUCUGGGCAAUACGUCGACCAGUACCAGCAGCUUGCUGAAACAGAAGCGUAACGUUACCUUCUCCCAGACUAACGAAAUUGAGAUCUUUCUGGAAGACGACCCGGUUCUGGCGCGCGACCUCGCCGCCAUCCGCCACCAACAACGCCAGGGUGUUGUCCACGAUAUCCGGGCCGAAGAGAUCGCGCUGCCGCUGCCGCUGGCGGCCGACGACGAGCGCGCGCUGGAGGUGCUUCUGGAUAAGUUCGACGACACUCAGCCCCUCGUCAUCCCUAAAAAGGAAAAGAAGCGUAAGGGUCCGCAAAAGCUCUACGAAAACCACAAAGACGGACUGCCCCUCGCUAAAGUGCGGCUGUCGUUCUCCAAAUUGGGGUCUAAAGACUCCACUAAGCUGCCGCUGCUGUUAGGGCUGAAGGUGGCCCUGGCGGCGGGUCCCGAGUUAAAGCAUACCAACCUGAUAACCAAGGACUUCAAGCAGCUGCUCAUCGAAAAAGAACACUUGGGUAUCCGCAAGAUCAAGCGGUUUGCCAGUCCCCAGGCCGAGCUGAAGCUGUUCAAGGAGCUUAGAGAGCAAAAGAACAAGAAGUCGCAAGACCCCAAGACCAAGAAGUCGCUGCUGAGCCCGGUGCAGGAAACGGCCCCCAUCGAAGUGUACCCGAAGGCCUACCGGCCCAGCAUGCUGCUGCUGAUGCCGCGACGGCGGUUGUCGAUUGACGGCACCAAACGGCUUCUGAUUGACGGGAAAAAGGCCGAUAGCAUCCGCACUCACCCCCCUGAGCGGCGAGCGGUAUCUGACCUGAUGCCGGAGCUGUUGGCCCGUCUCAACGGCGACGCCAGUCCCAAUUCUCGGCGGUCGCUGAUUACACUGGAAAACGUUCCCAAUAAUCUUCAGCAAUUGCGGCGCCUGGUCAUCCUCGAACGACUCACUAAGAUGACGCUGGACAUCCAGGAACUGUUAGAAACUGACUACGGCCAAGACGAAGGCACCCAGGACCGCGGCAAGCGACUCGAGCAGUUACGCCGGGCCCGCACCCAGAUUAACGAGAUCAAAGAGGAACAGCGCCGGCUGUUCGACGGUCUGUUUGAUCCUCCGGGGCUGGCGCAUUUACCCCACGAGGACCAGUCGUUCGACAGUGGCGAACGCACUUUCGACAGCAACUUGUCUAUUGAUAGCGAGCCUAGUUCGCGGGCGACUCCCGAACUUGUGGUACCCAAAAACGACCGUAGUGGUGGUAUUAGUGGUAGUGAUCGCCCUGAGCCUGCUGCCACUCUCGACCGCCCUGUGGACGUGAGACGUGACCGCUCGCUUGAUUCUAACGGCCGUCCCCGCUCUCGCCGUGAACUGCUUGGCGGCACCCCUCGCCGCCUUCUGCGCCACGAGGAGAUGCUCGGUGGUGUUCCCCGUCGUCAUCUGCGCCAAGAAGAUUUAUUUGACCGUGAACGGCUGCUGUUGCCCCUCCACGUGCUGCUGCCGUUGCUGACGACGCUGGGCGCAAGCUACGGGACGCUGCUGAGCACGCUGGUGCUGGCGUCACCCGCGGCCGCGUACUUGUUGGGUGCCCACUCGACUCCGUCGCCGUCAGUGUCUUCGGGCAGCUCUGAUGCCACUAAGCCCCCGGCUCAGGACCUUGCCAAAAAGCAACUGCAACUGAGCGUGGCGACGUUGGCCCAGGACGAUUUCACCAGUCGGUUCGCCGCACCGGCAGGGCUGCCGGAAGCGGACGCUCUGGUGCUUAUGCUGAGACUCUACAUUAACAAUUCUGACGAGGACUACGAGGAAGACAUGACUGGCGGCCAUAGCGAGAUCACCCCGUUGACGCUGACUAAUCUGCUACUUCUGGGGUUACCGGACAAUCAACUGAACGGCAGUAUAGGCGAGUACGGCGACAAACGCCGUCUGCGCACCGUGCAUGACAUGUUCAACCCCGUGUUGGACAAGUUUGACGAGUUGGCGGAAAAAUUGGCCGAAUUAAACGAGAUGUUGUGA